AUGGUCGCCCGCUCUGUCAGCCUCUUGGCAACUUUCGCUUUAACUGCCAAUGCUAAUUAUUUCUACAAACCCUACUCUCCGCCUGAACCUCCCGCUCCGGAGCCCUAUGUCGCGUCGCCCUAUGCUGGGCUUCCGAAGCCCGAUGUCACCACCUCCUCCGCCCUCCCAGCCUACUCUGCCCCCAAGGACUGCGAGAAGGUGCGUUCCGAUUGCCAGUCUCAGCCAGGUGCCAACCAGGCCUACUGCUCCGCGCUGUACGCCCAAUGUGCCGGAACAACCGACGGCUUGAACGUGCCCGCCCCCUCAAGCACCCAAGACAAGGGAGUCCACACCACUCUCUGCCCGACCAGCUCGUACGUGGUUGAGGGAGACAAGACCCACACGAUCUACUACACAUCUACUUCAACCAUGGGCCCAGAGGAGACCUACACCCCAUACGGAAAAGGAGCCCCAGUGCCAACUUCCCCCGCAACUGAAGAGUGUCACGCUCAGUACAACAGGUGCCGCUCGGGAAGCACUCACUUUUCGACCUGCGUUGCCCAACUCUUGUCUUGCAAGAAGCAAGCGAUGGAUGAUUACCUGAGCGGCAAGGGCAAGAAGCAUUCUGGCAAAACCGAGGGGUACCCUACCCCAGCCUCUUCCGACUGCCAGGCCAAGUACGACGCGUGCCGUAGCAGCGGAAGCCCCAACUUGUCUGCCUGUGUCUCUGAGCUCGAGGCUUGCAAGAGUCCUCCCGCUCCUCCGGCUCAAGGUCCUCCCGCUCCUCCUGCCGAGGCUCCUCCCGCGCCUCCCGCGAAGACCUACCCACCGGAGGCUCCUCCCGCUCCCCCGGCCAAGACCUACCCGGUCGAGGCCCCGCCUGCCAUGACCUACCCCGCCCAGGGCCCUCCUGCACCCCCCGCCGGCGUGCCAUCCACCAGCUUCGCCACCAAGCCCGUGGGAACCGCCCCAGGCGCCCCAAGCCCCACCGCCAGCCAAUACACCUUCACCGGCGCCGCCUCCACCCUCCAGGUCGGCUCGGUGGGACUCCUCAGUCUCGCUGCCUUCGUCUUCUUGCUGUAA